AUGAUCUCAGCGCUGGAUUUAACGAUACAACCGACCAAUAGAUCCAUUAUGACAGUCAACAAUAGCGUUAGACUGGGAACCGCUACCCACACCGUGAAGGUCGGUGUCAAUACAACGCCGAUUGAAGAACAAGUGGUCACCGCUGAAGACAAGGACGCGAUCAUCGCUGGCUUGAAAGAGGAGCUGAAACAGCGGAAAGCGCGUCACCAAAGAGUCCGUCACGCGUUCGAUGGCAUUAAGAGCCGCCGCCAAAGGGGGAUCCAGAAGAAUGACGCUCUCGUGAGAGAGAAUAAUGCCAUUAAAGAGAAACUCGAGGAAUAUCGUCAGGAACUAAUCCGACACGAGUCGCACCUGCGAUACGAUUCUAGUGGACCGCUUGUAUGUCAGGUGCCAUUCAGUUUGGAGCAACAGUUGUUCACAUCCAGGCGAGAGGUGAUCCAAUUGGAACGACAAUUGGCGGCCGAGCGGCAGAAGUCAGCGAAGAUCAAUAGGGAGCGGAUGAUCGCUGAACAGGAAGCGUCAGAAAAGGCCCGCAAUUACCCAUUGGUCACCCGAGACAAUGACUCUUUGCCUCAGCUGUACGUCAAUCCAGUCAACCAAAGAGUAGAUCGCUCUUCAGAACCGUUGAUCUUUCUNGGUUGGCCGACUAUUUUGGUGGCCGUAAGCAAACAGUGGCCGACAAUACCGUUCAGUUUUGUCCAUCAGUUUCCAAUUGAUGAGAUCAGAUUCGGUCAAACGACGAGUUACGGGGAGUUGGCGUCGAUGGCGGGUAACCCGCGUGCGAGCCGUGCGGUGGGCUCAGCGAUGCGCUCCAAUCCCUUCCUAUUGCUGGUUCCGUGUCAUCGCGUCCUCAAUAAAGACGGUUCGGUCGGCAACUUCUCGGGCACCGGAGGGCCGGCUCUCAAACAGUGGCUCCUCUCCCAUGAGAGCCACUAUUUGGCCGAUUAUUGA